AUGGCUGCUCUCGCUGCGCUACUUCCAAAACCUGUUUAUGAGGCCGUCGUCUCUGACGAUGAGGAGGACAUCGUUCGGCCGUCUGCCCCUUCACAGUCGCAACAAGUAAUCUCUACACGCAUUCCCGUUCCGCCGUAUGGACAGCGCAAAGGAUGGAAACCCACUAGACCGGAGGAUUACGGCGAUGGCGGUGCGUAUCCGGAGUGUCAUGUAGCACAAUAUCCAUUGGAGAUGGGCCGGAAGAAGGCUUCAUCAGGGAACACACUAGCAUUACAGGUCGACAGUGAAGGCAACGUUCGUUACGAUGCAAUUGCCCACCAAGGACAACGACCCGACAAGCACAUUCAAUCUCAAUUCAAAGACCUUGAAGUCCAGGCGACUGCCGACAAAACGCGUGCGGCCCUUGAAAAGCUCGUCAACGGAAAAAUCAAAGCUGCACAACCUAAAAACUGUUCCAGAUACAAGCGGAUAAUAAAGAUGUCGGAAAUUGUAGAGGAUCCUCUGGAACCGCCCCGCUUCAAACACAAGAAGAUUCCUAGAGGGCCCUCCCAGAGUCCACCUAGGAAAGCCACCGCUGCUGAGCAAAAGGAGUGGAUGAUACCGCCAUGUAUAUCAAACUGGAAGAACAACAAGGAUGGCAGAGGUCUACAAGACUCACUGUUUGUUGCCGACCGACAUGCACGCGAGGAAGUCCGGCAGCGGUCGCUCAUGCAGCAGAAACUGAUGCAGAAAGAGAAAGCCUCGAAGGAAGAGAACUUGCGUAUGCUGGCACAACGUGCUCGAGAGGAACGUGGCUGGUGUUGCUACCCAAACCAACCUGCUCAGGGCCAGGCGGCCUAUGAAAGCCUCUCUGGCCAACUAUGGAAGCGACAGCGACUAGCGAUUCCGACUCUAAUGAUAGUGCUGAGGACGAAGACUGCCCGAAGAAUACGUGACGAGAUGCGGCAGGAAAAGAGACGGGAACGAGAGCGGGAGAUGAGGAUGAACAACAUGGGUGCAGAGCAACGCGCUAAAGCAGCUUGCUCGUCAGCAGAAUCGGGAUAUAUCGGAGAAGGUCGCUCUCGGUCUUGCAAAGCCGACAUUGCGAUAUACAAAGCUCGAGGCAACAUUGCAGAGGGCAACGAUGACUCGUUCGGUGGUGGUACUGAUGAGGGCAUUGGGAAGGCUUUGGACAAUGAUCGGUUUGGCCUGGGUCAAGUGCGGGUUGGGUUUGAAGGUGCUAACGAACAAGAAGUUCGGGAAGGCCCGGUGCAGUUCGAGAAGGAUACCGGUGAUGUGUUUGGUCUCAACCAGUUCUUGGAUGAAGCGAAGACUGGUAAAAAGAGGGGGCUGGAUACUACAGCAAAGCGGCAACAGCUGGAGAAGGCUUCGGAGAGGGAGUAA